UCCUCCGCCAGGCUCCGCCCACUCCCCCUCAGGCAAUGGCGGCGAUGGUGGCGCUGCGCGCGCUGAGAUGGCGCCUCCUGAGCGGCCCGAGAGCCGCGCGGCGGCGCCUCAGCGAUUUUCCGGUGCCUGAGGAGAAGCCGCAGUUUCCGGGGGCUUCGGCGGAGUUUGCCGAUCGUUUGGAGUUCAUCCAACCCAACGUCAUCUCGGGGAUCCCCGUGUACCGCGUCAUGGACCGACAGGGACACGUCCUCAGCCCCGACCAGGACCCCCAGCUGCCGCAGGAAGCGGUGCUGAAGCUGUACCGGACGAUGACGCUGCUCAACACCAUGGACCGAAUCCUCUACGAGUCGCAGCGCCAGGGUCGGAUCUCCUUCUAUAUGACCAACUAUGGCGAAGAAGGGACUCACGUGGGCAGCGCCGCCGCUCUCGACGCCUCCGAUUUGGUCUUCGGACAAUACCGGGAGGCGGGUGUCCUCAUGUACCGCGGGUACCCCCUGGACCUCUUCAUGGCGCAGUGUUACGGCAACGCCAGCGACACCGCCAAAGGCCGCCAGAUGCCCGUCCACUACGGCUGCCGCGAGCGCCACUUUGUCACCAUCUCCUCACCGUUGGCCACACAGAUCCCUCAAGCCGUGGGCGCCGCUUACGCCAUCAAACGUUCCGACGGGAAUCGCGCCGUCAUCUGCUACUUCGGCGAAGGGGCGGCCAGCGAAGGCGACGCCCACGCCGGCUUCAACUUUGCCGCCACGUUGGAAUGUCCCAUCGUCUUCUUCUGUCGGAAUAACGGUUACGCCAUUUCCACUCCGACGUCGGAACAGUAUCGCGGCGACGGAAUCGCGGCACGAGGUCCUGGUUAUGGUCUCCUCUCCAUCCGCGUGGACGGGAACGAUGUCUUCGCCGUCUACAACGCCACGCGAGAAGCUCGGCGCCGCGCCGUGGCUGAGAACCAACCCGUCCUCAUCGAGGCCAUGACCUACCGGAUCGGUCACCACAGCACGAGCGACGACAGCUCCGCCUAUCGCUCCGUGGAUGAGGUCAACUACUGGGACAAACAGGACCAUCCCAUCUCCCGCCUCCGGCACUACAUGGUCAACCGGGGAUGGUGGGAUGAGGAGCAGGAGAAAGGCUGGAGGAAGAGCUCCCGCAAGAUGGUGAUGGAGGCGUUCGAGGAGGCCGAGCGGAAGCCCAAACCCAGUCCGCAGCUCCUCUUUUCCGACGUUUACCGGGAGCUGCCGCCUCACCUGCGGCGCCAGCGCGCGGCCCUGGAGCGGCACCUGCAGCUCUACGGGGAGCACUACCCCCUCGAGCACUUCGAGAAGUGACAAAUAAACGCCCGCAGGGAGGACC